UGACAUGUACAGCACGCUCUGCACGCGAUGGCUCCCUCGCUGGCCUCUGCCGAACGGAUCCGCCGUCGGCCAUUAUGUCAGCAUUUCCCUGAAUGCUGAAUGGGCGAUCCGGCAGUCGGCCGUUAUGUCAGCACCAGUUCUCUAGCUCGGUCGCACAAGCUCGACGGAGACGUGAUUCCGCAUGGCCGACAUCACCACCCCACACCAGCCAUCGCCGACAUGUCGAGUAUCGCCCCCACGAUCGCGAGGCAGGCCCUGCGCAUUGCCUCCAGAAGGUACGCAGUGUCCAGCUUCGCGCGCACAUCGCCCCGCACCGCUGCCAGCCGCCGCAGCUAUGUCUCUGAGACCAAGUCGAACAACGCCACCGUCAACCUGGACACGACGAUUCAGGCCGAGAAGAAGGCUUUCCUGCACCAGACAGGCGAGAAGGCUGAAGACGCAACGAUGCCCACCACCGGCAUGUCUGCCGACGCCAUGAUGAGCCCGACUGCUGGUAUUCUGAAGCAGGCCACGGUGAUGGACCAGGGAUCGCGGCCAAUCUACCUGGACAUGCAGGCCACAACGCCCACGGACCCCCGAGUCGUCGACGCCCAGCUGCCGUUCAUGACGGGCCUGUACGGCAACCCGCACUCGCGCACGCACGCCUACGGAUGGGAGACGGACAAGGCCGUCGAGGAUGCCCGCGUGCACAUUGCCGACCUCAUUGGAGCUGACCCCAAGGAGAUCAUCUUCACCAGCGGCGCCACGGAGAGCAACAACAUGAGCAUCAAGGGCGUGGCUCGCUUCUUUAAGCGCGCCGGCAAGAAGAACCACAUCAUCACGGCACAGACGGAGCACAAGUGCGUGCUGGACAGCUGCAGGCAUUUGCAGGACGAGGGCUUCUCCGUCACAUAUCUGCCCGUGCAGAGCAACGGUCUCGUCGAUCUGAAGCAGCUCGAGGAGGCGAUGCGGCCCGAGACGAUGCUCGUCAGCAUCAUGACCGUCAACAACGAGAUUGGUGUUGUGCAGCCCAUGGAGGAGAUUGGCCAGAUGUGCAGGGCGCGGAAGAUCUUCUUCCACACGGAUGCCGCGCAGGCGGUGGGCAAGAUUCCCAUCGACGUCAACAAGAUGAACGUCGACCUGAUGUCCAUCUCCGGUCACAAGAUCUACGGGCCCAAGGGCGUUGGUGCUUGCUACGUGCGAAGGCGGCCCAGGGUCAGACUCGAUCCCAUCAUCAGUGGCGGUGGCCAGGAGCGUGGGCUGCGAAGCGGUACACUGGCGCCACCUCUCGCGAUUGGCUUUGGUGAGGCUGCGCGCAUCUGCAAGGAGGAGAUGGAGUACGACACCAAGCGCAUCACGAAGCUUUCGAACCGCCUGCUGGAGGGCCUGCUCUCCAUGGAGCACACGACACUGAACGGUGACCGCGAGCGCCACUACCCCGGCUGCGUCAACGUGUCGUUUGCCUAUGUCGAGGGCGAGUCCCUUCUCAUGGCCCUCAAGGACAUUGCUCUGUCGUCAGGCAGCGCCUGCACAUCAGCCUCACUGGAGCCCAGCUACGUUCUCCGCGCUCUCGGCAGCAGCGACGAGAGCGCGCACAGCAGCAUUCGAUUCGGAAUUGGACGGUUCACGACGGACGCGGAGAUUGACUACGUCUUGAAGGCUGUCAAGGAGCGCGUCACGUUCCUGCGAGAGCUCAGCCCGCUGUGGGAGCUCGUCCAGGAGGGUGUCGAUCUCAACACGAUCGAGUGGAGCCAGCACUGAGCUGACGUUGGAGGAUACCCUGAUCGUUCUUGUAAGUUAUUGGUUGCAUGUUAAGAUAGUCUUGUAGCACACGCUCGUUGAGGCGUAUGAAUGAAGAUGCUGCACUUUGUUAGUGGA